AUGUUGACAGUGGCGUACGGUGAGUCAACUUUGAGCAAAAAAAGUGUUUAUAAAUGGUAUAAGUUAUUCCAAGAGGGCCGAGAAAAUGUUAACGAUGAACCUCGCUCUGGACGCCCCAGCACGUCAAAAACCGACGAAAAUGUUCAGGAAGUGAAAGAAAUUGUGUUGAAAAAUCGUCGAAUCACGAUUAGAGAAAUAGCUGAUGAUCUUAACAUAUCGUUUGGCUCAUGCCAAUCAAUUUUAACGGAUGUUUUGGGUAUGACACGUGUGUCAGCGAAAUUCGUUCCAAAACUGCUUAAUUUUGAUCAGAAGCAGCGUCGCAUGAACAUCGCCCAAGACAUGUUGAACGACGUCAAUGAUGAUCCUGAUCUGCUCAAAAGGGUUAUAACUGGUGACGAAACAUGGGUAUAUGGUUAUGACGUCGAAACCAAAGCCCAAUCAUCCCAGUGGAAGAGCCCAGGCUGCAUCGCUGGAGGAGCUCAAGGCAAUACCCAAAAGUGCAUUUCAGAAAUGUUUUGA